AUGAUGAUAAAAAUGGUGAUCGGAGGGGCCGAAGAAAGAGCACAGUGAGAGAAGAGAGCGUCUCUGGGCUGGAUGUCACCUCGCCGCAGAGGGAUUCGAUGAAAUCGAACCAGCGUUGGCUGAAGCUGCGCACCACCGUUCAACUGUCCGGAGCUUUGUCGUCUUCAAUGAACCGCGUCAAGCCUCCGCUCAAGAGGGAGGACUCCUUCAUCACGCGCUUCUCCACCAGACAGAUCGCCGAACUUCAGGACACUGUCGACCAGGCGGAUCAAGAAGACGAGAGCAAGAACUCGUCAGGUUCUCCUAAUAAAGUGCGACGUAAAUGGAAGAAGCGUCAUCACCUCACGGUGCUUAAUCCUUACGGCAACGCCUAUUUUUAUUGGCUGUGCGUCCUCACCAUCUGCGUGCUGUACAACCUCUGGACCGCCAUCGUACGGCAGUCCUUCCCAGAGCUCCAGGAGAACUAUGUCCCUUUAUGGAGUGCACUGGACAUCAGUACGGACCUGGUGCUGGUGCUGGACAUCCUGGUACAGUACAGGACGGGGUACUUGGAACAAGGCCUCAUCGUCUACGACUCAGAGAAGCUGUCCACUCACUACCGCAACAGCAAGUUCUUCUUCCUCGACUUCAUCGCAGUCAUUCCCUUUGACUAUUUUAUGAUGGCGAUGCACGGAACCGCUGAAAAAAGUUAUCCGAUGUUCCGCUGCCCUCGGUUCUUGAAAGUGUACCGGGUCUACAACUACUACUACAUGGUAGAAAGUAGAACCUUGUAUCCGAACCUGUGGAGGGUUCUCAACCUGGUUCACAUCCUCCUAUUGCUGGCUCACUGGUUCGGCUGCUUCUACUUCAUCCUUUCCAAAGCAGAAAAUUUCAGAGGAGAUUGGGUGUAUCCAUACAAUGCAAGGCCCGAGUUCCAGGAAUUGUCACGUCAGUACCUGGGCUCAGUUUACUGGUCAACCUUAACCCUGACGACCAUCGGAGACCUGCCAACACCGGAGACAAAUAAGCACAACCGCACAGAUGACGCAGCAGAAACUUCACAGCCCAACGAUACACAAAUAGAAGAAUUUCUUGCUGGAACAAACAUAACCUCGACUCCCAUGAGAGGUCAAGAGGGGUUUCUUCGGGACAAGAAUGAAGGGCCAAGUGAAGAGCUGGCGGGCGACUCGUUUCUGCUGGAAGAAUAUACGUACGUGGCGGCGGGUGAAAACAUUUCUGGAAAUAACUUCACCAAAAAUGUACUGGACUCAAGAACGGACCUUUCUGUACGGGACGAUGCCAAGCGCAAAAAAGGGAAGCACAAGUCGAGGCUGUUGCUGAUAAGAACCAACACUGGAUAUGUCUUCACUAUCGUAAGCUACCUCAUCGGAGUCUUCAUUUUCGCUACAAUCGUGGGACAAGUUGGCAACGUCAUAACCAACAGAAACGCCAACAGGCUGGAGUUCGAAAGAUUAUUGGAUGGCGCAAAGCUUUACAUGCGGCAUCACAAAGUGCCUCGUGAAAUGCAGAGGCGCGUGCAGAGAUGGUAUGACUACUCCUGGUCCAGAGGCCGAAUACAAGGUGGAGGCGACAUCAAUUCGGCUCUUGGACUUCUGCCAGACAAACUGCGGACAGAACUCGCUCUCCACGUCAACCUGUGCACACUUAAAAAAGUGAGCAUCUUCAAGGAGUGUCAGCCAGAGUUUCUUCACGACUUGGUCCUGAAGAUGAAGGCUUACAUCUUCACUCCUGGGGACCUGAUCUGUCGAAAAGGGGAGGUCGCAAGGGAAAUGUUCAUCAUCGCUGAUGGUAUCUUAGAGGUCAUCAGUGAGACGGGAAAAGUGCUCACGACGAUGAAAGCUGGUGAUUUCUUCGGGGAGAUUGGAAUAUUAAAUCUGGAUGGAUUAAACAAACGUACGGCUGAUGUGAGGUCAGUGGGAUACUCAGAGCUCUUCAGUCUGUCUCGAGAAGACGUACUCACUGCCAUGAAAGACUAUCCAGAGGCCCAGGAAAUCCUGCAAAGCCUGGGCCGCAAGCGCCUGAUGGACGCGCGCCACAACAGCAAGAGCUGCUCGUCCUCGAGUAGCAAGCACGACAGUCCGUCCCCCACCCGCGAGAACGGCCCCGAGGAGAAGCCCACCAAGCGCAUCGUCAGCAAAAUACGCUCUGACGUCUCGGCCUUCAGAAACGCCUUCAGGAAGAGCAGAGCAAUGACACGAGAAACUGAGGCAGUUGAAAUGGAAUCAAUAGCCAUUGACGGGAAAAGCAACGCGAUGAGCGACACACCCGUCGUCAAGAGGAUCCUCAGAAGAUUCGGUCGAGAUGAAAGUGGUUGCAGCAGCGACACGUCAAGCGGCAUCGUGCGCGGAGUGCUCAAGAGGAUGUCACGGGUGACGAGCGACGACACUCACCCUGCGACGACCCAGCGAAGAUCGUCCAUGGAUGAGCCACAAGGAGUGUUGGGAGCCGGGCUUCCGUUGAUAGAACGUCUGAGACUCCUCAAGGAAAAGGAAGAGAGGGAGGAGAGAGAGCGCGCAAGUAAACCAGUUAAUAAACUGAAAGUUGAGGUGGUUGAAGAGGAACCUGAAGUUAUAGGAGCGGGAUUACCUCUGUUCGCGAGGCUGAAGCUCCUGAAAGCAAAAGAAGAUCGACUAGAGAGGGAGAGGCAACAGUCGGAAAAAGCAAAUGCCUCCAGGCUUACAAGGCCCGCAAGAUUCCUUCCCACUUCGAGUAUAGCAAAAGAAACUACAGUGGUUUCUGUUCCAUCAUUCGAUUCAAGUAAAGAAACGAAAGUUUCCAUUAUGGCCUCAAAUAACGAUACAAAUUCGAACGAAACCGUAAAAGACAAAGCGUGUGAUGCUUCCAUGACCAAUAUUACGGCAAAGAAAACAUUAGGACCACUCAAAGCCUUAAGAAAGGCGGUACUGGAGAAAAAUCCAAAUGGUGAUCAAAUCAUCCUACCAGACACUAUUGGAGGCACCACAAUCAACGAUCUGAAUAAAGACACGAAUCCUAAAGUAGAAAAUAAAGAAAGUAAUAAUGGAACGAGCAACGAAAAAUCAUCCGAGGAUAAUAAGAGCUUUAGAAGGGAGCUAACAAUCCCAACGAUAACAACUGAUGAUGCUCCCGCUAUGCCAAGUUUAGACUCGACGAUUGCUGGCAAGGUUGAUGACCCCGAAGACCUGCCAAAAGAGGGCGUUCAGAGAAGUGAUAGCUUUAGGCGGGCAAUGGGAGAAGGCCUAUUCGGUUCUGAGAAAGACAUGAAUAUAAAAAAAUGUGAAGUGGACACUGGCUCUAAGGAGCGCAAGAGAUCAUUCUCGUCUACAUCGUCAACAUCCUCUUCUUCGUUAUCCAAGAAAGAAAGCAGCGAUGAAAAGGUGACGGAUCCCCCAACACACAAUGAACAGCCUCAGACAGUGGAGACCAAAACAGACUCUGAAAAAGACAAUGUCGUUGUCAAAGAAAUUAAUACCAAAGAUGACGGGUGUUUGAAAGAAAACUUGGUAACCCAACCAAUCCAGCCGAAGUUUUUGAAGGUUCCAUCGGAUGAAACUCCUCCUUCGCUUUCAUCUCCCGAAAGCAGCGAUACCGCGGAACGGAGAGUUCUAAAGAGCAUCCUGAAGAAAAUGUCCAACCAGGAAGCUAAGAGCGAAUUCAUGCGUGUUUCCGACUUGAGAAAGCUGAUGCGAGCUCCUACCGUUGAAGGAUAUGCCGCCCGCCGAGCCAAGUUUAAUAAAUCAGUUUCUUUCCAACGGAAAACUUUGAACUCUCCUCCCUAUACUGGCACCAUCGAAGAUGCUUUACGAAGAAACAGCACAUCUGAAGACGGUAGACUUUCACACAGUUUAAUGCGACAGACAUCAGUAACAAGUCCUUCAUCCAACCAAAGAGGACGAAAUGCCAUCAAAUUUUCGGAGCCGAAGGAUGGACUGUCGGCUGACAGUAUGAGUAAACUCAUCACUCGUUUGGGGUCGGCUGGGAAAGAUCCGCGUCCCAUCUCUGAGUCCGAGGCACUUGCCCAUGGCGUUGGGAUCAUCUUGCAAAAUAAGAUGGCUGACAUCGAAAGCGCUUGGGAAACCCGAAUGGCUGCUUUACACCAAGAAAUUGUCGACAGAGACGCCACCAUCCGAAGACUUGCUGACUUCAUGAACAGCAUGGGCGUCCCUGACACCACCGUGAAUUCACUCGUAUCAAGCGCGAAUGAAAGCGAUCCGGUGAACGAACCUUCAGCUCUCGAGGCGUCGGAACGGAAUGGACUCGUCAGAAGAGCUGACUCUGAACAGUUACGUGGUUCUUCUUUCGAUGCCAGCAAUUCAGGGUCCGACGAAGAAGAACCUCUAUUCAUGCGCUGCACUUCGAUCGAAUCCAUCAUCCAUCACUCUCCAAACGACACUGUAGGUACAAGGAAAAUUCCGAUCUCACCGCAACCUCAGUCAUGGCCUCAGCAACGGUUCUCGGCCAACGAAGUCGUAGACAGGCGCCGAGGUCAGCUCUCUGCUCGGUCACAUUCCAUAGUUGAGUUCGAGUCCUCUACAGACGACGACGUGUACUCGUUCUCGUCCGACGAUGAGCACGUUAUUGUUGUCACACCCGAACCCGACGUACCUGAAGAAAUGACAAUUGACGAAGAUUUUAUCGAUGGGUACCUGGAAGAGGAGGAGGAAGAAAAUCAACUGGAUCAAGUAGAAAAAGGUCUCAAGUCUAAUAAACUCAAUAGUAAGGACUGGGAAGUUCAAAUGCUUGCUCAAAAACUAGCCGACGAACAAAGAACAGUGGCUCGUAGAGUUGACAGGGAUAUUGCCACUGGAAAACUACGUAGCGAACUGGCUGACGUUCACAGCGCCUUGGCCACCGAAGACUUAGAUGACCUCACCGACAGGGAUGUCGUUAGUCUCCAAACAUUUGUCAAGUCUCAAAGGGACAGCCUUAAGCCCUAUAUUCGACUAUACAGCUUAGAAGAGAGACCAGUUUUGGAUGAAGAGUUUUGCUCUCUCUACCGAAGCUACUCGCAAAACAUUCUCACGCGAACUACUGAAUUGGAAAAAUCGGGAAGAAGUCAUAAACCGAUUCAUCAAUUGAUGAAUACUUUGGCUAGUUUGACUCUACCUGAACGAUUCCUUUUAGAUCGACUCCACCAUAGCCGAGAACGAUUUAGAAGGCUUGCCAAACAGCGAUCUUUAGGCGAUGAGCCUUUCUCUACCACCGGCUCAAAGAAAUUUUCAGCUCUGCGAGAAAACAGCAGUAACAACGCGGCAUUCAGAAGGUCACGAAGCAUGUGUUCACCUCCUAAUUCUACAGAAACAUCACCAAAAUUCACGAGAAGUCCCUUACGAGGGCCAUCCCCGGUGUUAGAGAUAGCAAAUGAAACCCGUAGCGGACCGGCUACGGUGUCCGCCAUGUUCGCCAACCUCCAGCGUUCCAUGACUAACCUAACCUCCGGCUCGAGAGCUCGAGGACUCGGACCUCGCAGUAUGACUUUACAGGAGAGUCAGCCGAUCCUCUACUCCUCUAGGUAGCACAUUUUAACGAAGAUGAGAAUAUUUUUGCUGCAAUAAUUAUUAGGUCAUCUCACAUAUUUGCUAAAAAAUAUGCUCAUCUAUUUAAAUAUAGGAAACUUUACUAUCAAUCGAGUUACAUCAACAUAGAAUGAACACCGUAAGAAAUAAAUGGAAUCCGAAUUGGCAAUAAGUGAGAACAAAAUAGCGGCCACAUUAUUAUUACAAUGGUCUUCUUCGGAACUCAAAUAAAAACAGCUGUUCAGUUUAAUGUGCGUAUUCGUUCAAGCUUAAUAGCGUAUUUAUUGUAACUUUUAUAGUAAGAGUUUGUUCUGUAGAAAUAACCCGGCUUCUGAUCCCGCUUGUAGGUAACCAUCAAGCUUUCCUUCAAUUCCCACUUCUUAAAUCUGCGAUAAAAAAAUAUAUUUCAGAACUGCAUGGGACGAAACAAGGGCCAUUCAGGCGAGAAUAAUAUUUUUUCUUUGGAAUCCUGGGGUCCAUAUUUAGGCGCCACUAUUAUUGCUGCAUGCAUUACAUUCAUCUUUAUUCCCCCAAUGCAAGUAAUGUCAGUGAAUGCUAAGUACUGAUUACAGUCUAUGUCUGCUGUUUCCGACCUUCAGGUUGCUAUAUUUGGUCCAUCAGGGUCUGGGAUGUGAAUUCACCCCAGAGCAAAUGAAUUGACCAUAGAAGGUACUACUCGACGAAAUUCAUGCAGAUAUUUACAAGUUUUCUGGAUCAUAUAGAAAUUAUGUAUCACGUUAAGGAUGUGUUUUUCAAUUAAUAUGCACUAUGUUAUUUAGUUGCACAAGUGGCCAUGACAAACCCAGCUCUGUGCGGUAUUGACGCGUAUGGAUCGAAAAAUUGGACAAAAAAACUUAGCGUAUCAGAUCCAGCAUUUAUACUGUAAGUGAAUCAACCGUUGAUUUCGACCAAACGUUAAGGAAAUUUAGCACUGCUGUGGUUGAUACUUCGAUUGUGCGGGCGGUUCUUGCGUUUUUUUGCUCUAGGGCAAACUUGCAUCACGCGACAGAAAACUUCAGCAAUGAAAAACUCUUCCUUUCCUUGGCCUCCGCAAAUAAUCGAGUGUGCUUUAGAAAGAUUAUUAAAUAAGUUAGUCAUGGCACAGAGCUUUAUCCGCGUUGCAAUAGCUUAUAUAUGUUCCGAGUAUCUACCUUAAUUUGUAUCAUGCAUCCAAAAUAAUUUAAAAAUAUUGUUUCUAGACAGGGUUAGACAAAACGUGCCAUUUUGUUCUAUAUAAAUUGAAGUCAAGUGACUACGCGCGCUUGGAAUCUUCAGUUUUUUUUGGUUAAUUUAACUUCAUUACCAGCUUAUAUUUUAA